AUGAGUUUUCUUAUUUCCAUAUUCAUUCUUGUCAUAGUCUGCAUUCGUAUUCAUCCAUUAUUAUCAAAUGUUCCAAUUCUUCUCACAUGUAAUACAUACUCCACUCUACUCUUAGGCGCUUUAUUAAUGUUAAUUAUAUAUAGUUAUAAUAUAUAUGGUAGUUUGAAUAGUUUCAAUUCUCUUAAUAAUUAUUUAUGUCAAUUACGUGGAUAUUUUAUUCAUGUAUUUAUAUGUUCAUUUUAUUAUUCAUGUGUUCUUCAAGCUAUUUUUCGAUUAUUUCGUGUAGUCUUCUAUAAACAAAAAAAUUUACAAUCAUCUUAUCUUUUUUUUAUUGGAAUAUUUAUUCAAUGGCUUAUAUCUUUUCUUUAUAUUCUAAUACAUCUUCUUACAAAUAAUUUUGAAUAUUUCUCGUUUACAUAUAGUUGUUGGAUUUCAUUUAAAAAUAUUCGUGCACUUUUUCAUGCUUUACUUAUCAUGUAUAUUGGUCCUAUAUUAAGUAUAUGUUUAAUGUAUGCUUAUAUCAUUCGAUAUAUUCGUCAAACAAAUCAUAUUCGACAACAACGAAAACUUCAUAAUAAACAAGAUUUAUUUAUUCUUAAACGUAUAGUUAUUCUUGUACUUGUUGCUAUGGGUAUUGGUAUAGCUACUAUAUUUACAUUAAUUAACUAUAUGAUAACUGAUUAUUUAAUUCCAAUAGCUUAUCAUUUACAAGGUUUAAGUAUAACAGGUGGAUUCUUGAUGGGAUCUAUUGGUUUUAUAUUUAUUACACCACAAAUAUAUGAAAUAUUACGAAUGAAAAAACGUAAAAUAAAUCCUACAGUUAUGAUUAAAGUUAUACAUCGAAAAUCCUACUAA